AACCUAACGGAGUUCAAAAUCCUAUUUGAGAGGAAAGUCGAUCUGAUCAGAUCAUAAAGUUGGUCCAGAUUCUUCUCCAACAUAGGACUUAUGAUAUCCAAAUAUAAACCUUCAAUAAGCUGAUAAUUAUUACCACAAGCUAUCAACAGAUGCAACCUUCAUAUCAUGGAUUCGCACCAACAUUUCAGAUAUGGUAGCACGGGUGCGGACAUUUCAUACGAUUCUCACAUCACUCCCUCUCCAAUCUCUGAUUGGGCUGUUGGACCUCUGAAAUUUAAUUCAGACAGCUCACCUAUCUCGCCUCUUUCCACCCACUUUGACGGUGAUACCUUUGCUUCACUGAGUAACAGCCAGGAGCAGUAUAGCUCCACAGAGAAUCUCUCAGGAGCAGGUCUUUCGUGUAAUUCUUCUCUUGAAUCCAACAGUUCUUUUCACUGGGUUAACCACUCACCUGUCAGUCUUCAAGACAAUUUUGAACCCUGUUCUGGUGGGAGUUUGCUCUCACGGAAUGCUAAUUGUGGUCAACGCAUGAAACACGCUCUGCAGGAACUAGAGACUGCUCUGAUGGGUCCUGAUGGUGAUGAAGAUGAAGCAAUAACAUCUAAUGCUGCUGCUGAGGGAAAUAAGCAGCCACAGAUCUUGAGCCAAAGAUUAAGGUCCUGGAGCCAGGAACCUCAACUGGAGCCAAAUGUCAUUCAAUUUCAACAGUGUUUUGUUUCCAAGAACCAAAAAUCAAGCAAUGGAGUACAUACUGAGAAGUGUCAUAGAUCGACUGAGGCGUCCUCUCAGGAGAUCAAACGGAGUGAUCUGAAACAAUUGCUGAUUGAGUGUGCAAGGGCCCUUUUUGAAAACAGGAUAGAUGAUUUCGAUAAGUUGGUUCAAGAGGCUAGCAAUGCUGUUUCUGUUUGUGGAGAACCAAUCCAGCGUCUAGGUGCUUAUAUGGUAGAAGGGCUGAUUGCAAGGAAGUUGGCCUCCGGGACUAACAUAUACCGUGCUCUAAGGUGCAGAGAACCACAACCAGAAAGCCAGGACUUGCUCUCUUACAUGCAGAUCCUAUACGAGAUCUGCCCAUACCUCAAGUUUGGUUACAUGGCAGCCAAUGGAGCAAUUGCUGAAGCAUUCAGAAACGAGGACCGGGUACACAUAAUAGAUUUUCAGAUUGCACAGGGGACUCAGUGGUUAACCCUGAUACAAGCACUAGCAGCAAGGCCGGGUGGUCCUCCACAUGUUCGGAUCACUGGGAUUGAUGAUCCGGUCUCUCAAUAUGCCCGUGGUGGUGGUUUAGAAGCCGUUGGGAGGAGGCUAGCUGCAAUGUCUGCGAAGUUUAAUAUCCCUGUUGAGUUCCAUGCUGUGCCAGUGUUUGCACCGGAGGUCAAAAGGGAGAUGUUUGAGUUGAGGCCUGGUGAGGCUCUGGCUGUGAACUUCACUUUGCAACUCCACCAUACACCGGAUGAGAGUGUUGAUGUCAACAAUCCGAGAGAUGGAAUACUGAGGAUGUUGAGGUCGCUUUCGCCCAAAGUUUUCACCCUUGUUGAGCAGGAGUCGAACACGAACACAACACCCUUCCUUGCCAGGUUCAAGGAGGCCCUAGAUUUCUACUCAGCAAUGUUUGAGUCAAUCGAUGUUGCCAUGCCAAGGGAUAACAAACAGCGAAUCAAUGUGGAGCAGCACUGCUUGGCCAGGGACAUAGUGAACGUUAUUGCCUGCGAGGGAAAGGAUAGAGUGGAGCGACAUGAGCUUCUGGGGAAGUGGAAAUCUAGAAUGACAAUGGCUGGGUUUCGUACAUUCCCGCUGAGCUCUUACGUCAAUUCUGUGAUACGUAGUCUGUUGAGGUGCUACUCGGAGAAUUAUACGCUAGAGGAGAAGGAUGGAGCUAUGCUGUUGGGUUGGAAGAAUAGGCACUUGAUUUCAGCUUCAGCCUGGCAUUAGAAGAAUAA